AUGGUUCUCGAAGCAAUCAAGUACAGCCGCGGCAAGUUGGACAUCUUGGACCAGCUCCAGCUGCCUCACACCGAAGUCUACGAUGAGGUCAAGUCUGCUCAGGAUGCAUGGCAUGCCAUCAAGGAAAUGAGGACUCGUGGCGCCCCAGCCAUUGCCAUUGUUGCCGCCUUGGGUCUGGCUGUCGAACUCGAACUCAUCGCAGGCAAGAAUGAGCUGUCCAAAUUUGCCGAAGAGGUCGAGGUCUUCAUCAAGGAGAAGCUCGAGUACCUGGUUACUAGUAGACCCACCGCUGUGAAUUUGGCAGAUGCUGCCAGAAAGCUGGAGAAGAUUGUUCAAACUGCCGCCAAAGAACAAAAUGCCUCUGGAAACUCUGUCAAGAAUGCGUAUAUCAAGGCCGCAGAGCAAAUGCUCGUUGACGAUGUCUCGGACAACAAGGCAAUCGGUGAGCACGGCGCCGACUGGAUUCUCAAGAACGCUGCUGGAGGCAAGGAUCAAGUCAGCAUCUUGACCCAUUGCAACACUGGAUCUCUGGCAACUGCGGGCUACGGUACAGCACUUGGAGUCAUUCGUUCCGUUCACGCUAGAGGAUCGCUCAAGAGAGCAUUCUGCAGCGAAACUAGACCUUACAACCAGGGGUCACGUUUGACCGCUUUCGAGCUGGUGCACGACAAGAUCCCCGCCACUUUGGUGACCGACUCGAUGGCUGCUGCAUUGCUCCGUCUCAAGGGGCCUACAGAGAACAUCGCAGCGAUUGUGGUGGGAGCCGACCGUGUAGCAGCCAACGGAGACACUGCCAACAAAAUCGGCACGUACUCGCUGGCAAUCUUGGCCAAGCACCACGGAGUCAAGUUCCUGGUCGCAGCACCUCGCACGACCAUCGACCUCGAGACCAAGUCUGGAGCAGACAUUGUGAUCGAGGAGAGAGCAGGCAAAGAGAUGACGAUGAUCAAGGGCCCUUGCUUCAAGGGAGCAUCUCUAGAUCUCGAGCAGAUUGAGACGGUCAGCAUUGCUGCCAACGGAAUCGAUGUGUGGAACCCUGCUUUCGAUGUGACACCAGCAGAGCUGAUAGACGGAGUUGUGACCGAGAAGGGAGUGGUGGAGAAGGGAUCAGAUGGAGUGUUCCAUUUCGAGGAUAUCUUUGCGGCUUCUGGCUCUGAGGUGAAGCCCACAACUGUCGGAGGCCUUUGA